UUUGGCAUUUGAAGAAAGUGUUAUUCAGCAAAUUAUUUUUUAUAUAGAAUUUGCCUUUCUGAUGUGUUAUAGAAAUAAAACAAGUUAAGAUACCUGCAUAUUCAGUCCACCUAUAUAAUUAUCAAAUAUGAUAUAAUCUAAAACAUACUGUUUGUAGUGUAGUGGUCAGUGAGUUAGGACUGGAAACUAAAUAUUUUAUUACACAUAGUCUGUUCAAGUUCCAUUCCUGAACACAUGGUUUUAUACACAAUAAUUAAAAAUAAGAUGUAUUAUUUGUUGCUCUGUUUUAUAUUGUUGGGCUGCUGUUCAUUAUCACAUGCAUCAAAUCUCCUGUUCUGGACUGCAUUAGUGGUUCGUGUAUUAAGAUUCAUUGCUUUAUUUCACUUCAGAAUGCCUGGAAGCAGUCCAAAGUAUUACCCUUGCGUUCUAUGCAAUAAAAGGACUAAACCACAUGAAAGAAGAUCAAUCAAUAAAUCUGUAGCAAAGUAUUUGAAUAAGAAUUUUUUAAUAACACCAAAACAAGAAGAUAAAAUAUGCAAUACUUGUAGAAACAAAUACUAUGUUCAGGAAACCAGACAUUCCUCUGUUGUACAACAUAUAUUAUCUGACGAUGAAGAUUAUGUUCCACCAGCAAAACGUAGAUCUACUGUAUUAUCCAGUCCACCAUCAGUAUCUCUUUCAAUACCUUCAACAUCAAAAAGCCAUUCAUACUGUUUCAUAUGCAAAAAGCCUGGUCCAAAGCUAAUUGUUGUUCCAUCGCAAGCAAGAUUUUCUACUUUUCUUAAAAAAGAGGUUAUAAUUCCUGCAGGAUGUCGCUGUUGUCCGGGACAUUUGACGGAAGAUAAUUUUACAGAAGAUGCAAUUAGUAAAAUGAACUGUACAAAUGAUAAUGUCAUCCUAAACAGAUCUUCAAUCAUAGAUCUUUUGAAGAAGUUAAGAUCCACAGCCAUACAAAAUGAACAAUCAAGAAUUGACUUUGAUACAGAUAAAGUGAUAUCUGACUCUGACUUUAUUAAUUUAACCGAAAUAAAUAAGGACAAUUUUAAUGAUCUUCAUUCCUACAUCAAAAAUUUAGUAAGAAAUACACCUACACGAAGCACCAGAACCUCUCUUGGAAUUUUCCUUUUUAAAUUAAAAUCUGGAAUUUCAAAUAAAGUGCUAUCUACCAUUUUCAACAUAUCAAGAUCAAGUUUACGCCAAGCCAUUUCAUGUGUCAGACAAGCUUUAGUAAAAAAUUUCGUACCUGAAAAUUUGGGUUUUAAACACAUUAGCCAUGAUGAUGUCAUUAAUUGGCACACAAGACCACUAGCUCAGACUUUAUUUGGGGACGGAACAAACACACAGGCUAUAUUAGUGCUUGAUGGCACCUACAUCUAUAUUCAGAAAAGCGGAAAUUUUCAUUUUCAAAAACGGUCAUAUAGUUUACACAAGGGACGACCUCUUGUUAAACCAAUGAUAGUUGUUACUACUACAGGAUACUUUGUGACUGUUCUGGGACCAUACUUGGCCGACUCCAAAAAUAAUGAUGCGGCAAUCCUCAAACAUAUGUUUAACACAAAUGUAGAAGAUAUCAAAGAAUGGGUACAAGACAAUGAUAUAUUUGUAGUUGACAGAGGUUUCAGGGACUCAUUGGAGCUUCUUGAUGAUUUAGGGAUAAAGGCACAGAUGCCAAGCUUUUUAACGAAAGGCCAAAAACAGAUGACAACAGAUGAAGCCAAUGCAAGCAGAUUAGUUACUAAGGUUUGUACCCCUAGAGCCUAA